CAGAAGACGGACAUAUAACGGCGCCUGUGAUUUAGCAGAGGUUCAGUCCUCUGCGUACCAAGUGCUAACAUGCAGUUCUGGGAUUUCCUGGGCUGCACCAAUGGAGAUAUUUCCAGAAUAUCAUACUACGCUGAAUAUGAUGGCCAGUUAACCCCAGCAGGAGCAUUUGAGUCCGGCAUGGCGUCGUCUUCCUACUUGGAGCCUAACCUCAAUCACUCCGCAGCGGGUGGUUGUGGGGUUAAAUCCCGGUCUGGGAUGCCUGGUGUUCCUGGUGUUGGCACCAGCAGCUCUGCUGGAGGCCUUGAGCGGCCUCCAGGUUCCAUGGACCGGGUUCUCAAGAUCUUCCAUUACUUUGAGACAAAUAGUGAACCAUGUACCUGGGCUAGUAAUAUCAGGCAUGGAGAUGCUACAGAUGUCAGGGGUGUUAUCCAGAAGAUAGCAGAGAUCCACAAACUGCGCUGUGUGUCCUCCCUGGGCCUCCGUCUCACCCAUCUUCACUCUGAUGUUCUCCAUUGGUUGCACCCUGAUUUGGGCGUGUCUCACGUCAGGGAGAAAUAUGAGAAACAACAUCCCCAGGAGGAGUGGAGGUAUGAGUUGCGGAUACGGUACCUUCCUAAAGGUUAUCUCAGCCAUUUCUCUGAAGACAAACCCUCUCUCAACUACCUCUAUCACCAGGUAAAGAGUGAUUACAUGCAACAUAUAGCUGAUCAGGUGGAUCAAGAUGUUGCAUUGAAACUGGGCUGUUUGGAAAUUAGAAGGUUCUUCAGAGAGAUGCCAGGCAACGCCCUGGAUAAGAAAUCCAACUAUGAACUACUAGAGAAAGAUGUUGGUUUGAGAAGAUUCUUCCCCAAAAGCCUGCUGGACUCUCUCAAGGCAAAGACUCUUCGUAAGCAGAUCCAGCAGACCUUCAAGCAGUUCGCUAACCUCAAUGAUGAGCAGAGCAUCCACAAGUUCUUUGAGAUACUCUCUCCCAUCUACCGCUUCGACAAGGAGUGCUUCAAAUGUGCUUUAGGGUCUAGUUGGGUAAUAUCAGUAGAGUUAGCUAUCGGACCAGAGGAAGGAAUCAGCUACCUCACAGAUAAGGGCUCAAUGCCGACACACUUAGCUAACUUUAACCAGGUUCAGUCCAUCCAGUACUCUGCUUUGGAAGAGAAGGACAGGAAAGGCAUGCUGCAGCUCAACGUAGCUGGAGCUCCAGAGCCUCUCACAGUCACCACGGCAUCACUGACUACAGCAGAAAACAUGGCUGAUUUGAUUGACGGAUACUGUCGGCUGGUCUCCUUAGCUUCUCACUCCUUCAUCGUCAGAGUCCAAAAAGAGGGGGACAGAGCUCUGCCUUCUAUACCCAAAGUUUCAAAUCAUGAGAAGCGGAUGGAAAAAAGAAUGGACGGAGUACGGACCAGAGCUGUUUGCGUCUCAGGUCACACUAGUGGCGAUGAAACGGACGACUAUGCUGAGAUCAUAGACGAGGAGGACACCUACACCAUGCCUUCAACACGGGACUAUGAGAUUCAGCGGGAUCGUAUUGAGUUGGGACGCUGCAUAGGUGAGGGUCAGUUUGGAGAUGUCCACCAGGGAGUCUACAUCAGCCCGGAGAACCCGGCUCUGUCUGUGGCAGUGAAGACGUGUAAGAACUCAACGUCAGACAGCGUCAGGGAAAAGUUUCUCCAAGAAGCGUUAACCAUGCGUCAGUUUGACCAUCCUCACAUUGUGAAGCUGAUGGGAGUUAUCACAGAAAAUCCAGUCUGGAUCAUCAUGGAGCUCUGCACACUGGGAGAGUUACGGUCAUUUCUCCAGGUGAGGAAAUACAGUCUAGACCUGGCCACUCUCAUCCUGUACUCCUACCAGCUCAGCACGGCAUUGGCCUACCUGGAGAGCAAACGCUUUGUGCACAGGGACAUUGCAGCGAGGAACGUGCUAGUGUCUACAGUCGACUGUGUGAAACUGGGGGACUUUGGUCUGUCGCGAUACAUGGAAGAUAGCUCUUAUUACAAAGCAUCCAAAGGUAAAUUGCCUAUUAAAUGGAUGGCUCCAGAAUCCAUUAACUUCAGACGAUUCACCACAGCCAGUGAUGUCUGGAUGUUUGGCGUCUGUAUGUGGGAGAUUCUAAUGUACGGCAUCAAGCCCUUCCAGGGUGUGAAGAACAACGACGUCAUUGGCAGGAUAGAGAACGGCGAGCGGCUGGCGAUGCCCCCUCAGUGCCCUCCUACUCUCUACAGCUUGAUGACAAAGUGUUGGUCCUACGAUCCCAGCAAGAGGCCGCGUUUCAAUGAACUCAAAACACAAUUGAGCACUAUAUUAGAGGAGGAGAAGAUUCAGCAGAAGGAGAGGAACAGGAUGGAGAUGAGGAGACAGGUCACUGUUUCGUGGGACUCAGGAGGGUCUGAUGAAGCACCACCAAAGCCCAGCCGUCGUCCCACCCUGCAGCCCACCUUCAGUCUGGAUUGUCUUUCCGCUCCUUCUUCUCACCACCAUUGCCAUCAAAACCAGCGCUUUGCCUCCCAGCUUUCCCUUUGUCUUGGAAACCCUCAUCCUUCACCCCCCUGCGCCUCCUCUCACCUACCCACUCCUCCACUCUACUCAUCGUCUCUGCAGUUUCCCCAUCACUUUUUCUCUUCUCCCAAUCCUCAGCCUCAAUCACCUCCGCUUCAAAACACAGCUUACUACGAUCGCUCUUUCUCUCCACACCACCCUAGGUUAAAGCCCGAAUCCAAAGCUGGCCCCAGCUUGUCCCUACAGUUUCAAACUAACCUCUGUUCUCCACCUCACACAAAUCCAGGCAGCUUGUCCAGUGGCAGCUGCCCCCAAAAGAUAAAUCCCCCUAUUAACGGCCACCUGCCCUGUUCAUCCCAGCCAGCGUCAGACACCUCCCACUCCCAUCUCAGGCACCUCUCUCUGCUCCAUUCCGAAUCCAGUCCUAACCUUAACACUCUGCCCAGCAGGAUGGCGAAUGUUUGUCCCCUAACCCUCCAAAACAUCCAGCCUAAGUCAAAUUCUAAUCUUAAAAUCCCACUGUUGCCCAGCUUUCACCCUGGCUGCCAAACUAAUCCCAGUACCUCACUCCAACCUGACUCUGACCCCCAGACCCAGCACCCUGCGGUGCAGUCAUCUACGAGGCCCCAAAUGGUUUCUCCUGCUCCCCUCAGUCCCUGUAAUCUACCCUCCGCUAACCCUCAUCCACCCAGUCGAAUACCAAGCCUUUCUGUUACUACCCACAUGCCAUUUCCCAUCCCCUGCUCUGAAAGACCCAUGUUCAGACCCUUGAAGCCGAGCAGACCAGGCUACCCCAGUCCUCGCUCAAGUGAAGGUUUUUACCCCAGUUCCCAGCAUCCUGGACACUAUCAGAUGGCAGGGUACCCCGGCCCUCACACUCUCCCCUCUGUGCCCAGCGCGCUGUACCCCCCACAGGCAGCAAUGCUGGACACACACCACGCGCACACACACCCCCGCCACCACGUCCACACGCACUCGCAUGCACAGCUCCUUCCCCAGCCUCAUGGACAGGACAUGGCACUAUGGGGCUCUGCCAUGGAGGACAGGGCAGUAGACAUGCAGCAGUGUGUAGGCCAGCAGUGCCUGUUAAUGGAGGAACAGCUGAUGAUACAACAACAGCAGAUGGAGGAGGAUCAGAGGUGGCUGGAACAGGAGGAAAGGCUGCUGAAACCAGACACCAGAAGUUCUAGAGGGAGUCUGGACAGAGAAGACGGUGGACUUCAACCACCGACGGGAAACCAGCACAUAUACCAGCCCGUUGGCAAAGCAGAGCAUGCAGCUCCCCCAAAGAAACCCCCUCGACCCGGGGCCCAGAGCCAGGUGGGCAGUCUGGCCUGUCUAAAUACUGGAGACAGUUAUAAUGAUGGAGUCAAGCCCUGGCGGCUGCAGCCCCAAGAGAUAAGUCCGCCCCCCACCGCCAAUCUGGACCGCUCGAACGACAAGGUGUACGAGAACGUGACCGGAUUGGUCAAAGCUGUGAUCGAGAUGUCAAGCAAGAUUCAGCCAGCUCCUCCUGAGGAAUACGUUCCCAUGGUCAAGGAUGUGGGUCUGGCACUGAGGACGUUACUGGCCACAGUUGAUGAGACACUACCACAACUUCCAGCCAGUACACACAGAGAGAUUGAGAUGGCACAAAAGCUGUUGAACUCUGACUUGGCAGAGCUGAUUGGGAAGAUGAAGUUAGCCCAACAAUAUGUGAUGACCAGUCUCCAGCAAGACUACAAGAAACAGAUGUUGACGGCAGCUCAUGCUCUUGCAGUCGAUGCCAAGAACCUGCUGGAUGUCAUCGACCAAUCCCGGCUCAAGAUGAUGGCCCAGUCCCGCCCUCACUAGCCAGCUGAGCCGACCAACAGGAGCCGGUCUGCUGCUUGAGAGACGGCAUCGUUAAGGUUUCCGUUGGCAGUGGAGAAUAAUAGACUCCUGGAUGAGUGAUGCCAGCAGUGACUCCUGACAUGUGAGAGCUGACGGAGAAAACAGUGGCUCUGAUACUUUAACAACAGUCCGCGAAGACUCAUUAGAUGUUGAAUCCUUCGUAAGCCGGGGUAGUCCGUUCAUCUGGGAUUAAACUCUCCACCACUGUGACUUUUUUUUAAUACAAGAACAGUGCAAAAACUCUUCCUGAAUCAGGGACUUGGCAGCUUCACUCUCUUUGGACUGGAAUAUAAUGACGAGGGGAAGAGAGGAAUAUACUGGUGAUUUUUAAACUGUGAGCCCGGACAAGCCUGAUUCCUCAGGUCAUAGGUUUUCACGGGCUUAAAAUCCUCUGACAGAAACACCGUCACGCGAGCGACUGGAUCUGGAUUUGUUGAUAUCGCAUAGAUUAGUCAUUGUAGAAUACAACUUUAAGCAAAGCCAUCCGACCCUGAUCAGACUGCGUUUGAUCUGCUACGUAUCUGCAUGAAACUUCACCGUGGGAAAGGACUUGGACAGGCACAGCCAGCAGCCAUGUCAGUCCAUUUGUUGACAUCAUGUGUUUUGACCCCUGGAUGUGAGCUUCCUCCUCAGUUGUAAUACCUCCUCAUCACCAUGGACACUUAUCAAUGGGCAGAUUGAACCAGAUGUUUUCUCUUCAGCUUUGGUCAUGUGCGGUGCUUCAGGUGAACGACAAGAAAACUCAGUAAAGACCGCCUCGGUUUGGUCUGACAGGAGGCAGCCUCCAUCGCUCCUCCCUGCUCUCUCCUCCAUCCUUUCCCGUCUUCUCUCCGUCUCGCCAACUUUUAUUUAUAGACUCAAAAAUUGGAGGGAGAGACGGGAAGAGCAGAUUAAAACCUGAGGACAGCGCAGCGCCGGUCUCCUGCCUGAAGAAAGAAGACACUAUCCUCCUCUCUCCUUUCUGUUUCACUCACUUUUCACUCUCACUGCUCCUCUACUUCCUGCAGUCUUCCUCAGCUCCUAUCUGAGCAGGUUUUUAAAGACUCCAAAUGUGAAGAAUCCAACUCUGUCUGUGUAAACACCGCUGACAGGAAACUCCCUACCCGCACUCACUUUAGUCUACUCUUUUUAUCGGCUGGCUCCAUGUUUUUUGUGUUGUUGUCAGCAGUCACAGUCUUCUUCCUCGACACCAAGAACAGUUUGUAACUUGGAACACGAGCAGAUAUUCAGUCCCAGCGUUGACUCUGAUGAGAAAGAAAAGUGGAAAGAAAAAUAAAAAUAGAAGGAUGGAUUUUGAGGAUUCAGUUUAAGUGACUGGAUGCUUCCUGUUCAUCUACGAGGAAGAGGUGGACAUCACGUCUCGGACUGGUCACUGAGCUCGACGUUUUUCUCUUCACCUAAAGUCCCAGUAUUAUUCAGAUGUUCCUCCUCUAAGACUGGUGUCACACCUUUAACAGCCCCUCACCUACUGGUGUCACCAAGUGAAUUUCCCUCGGGGGGGAGACGCAAACAAACCUCACAACUGGAACCUUUGUGCUUUGAGUCCCAGUUUCUGUCAGGUGUAACACUUUAGAAAUGUCCCUCCGAACAACAGUCCACAGGGAAACAAACCAACACACAAACACACACACACAUGAAAUGUGGAGCCACAUGACUGGAACUUGUCUUGCAGACACAAAACACUGAACUGAAAAUACAGCAGAUCACACGUGUCUUUGUUAAUACUGACCCCACAUGGAGUAUGACAUACUGCUAUAUGAAAUAUACUGGUGACUGUACUAGUAUAGCAUGAUAUACUGGUAUGGAGAAGAGCAUAUUUGCACAGCAAACAGCAUUUUUUUUUUUUUUACCUUAUUUUACCCAGAUUUGAUUUCCAUGUUUAGCCAGCAAUGAAACUAUCACAUAUCUGGGUGUUAUAGGGAUAAAAAAAUGUAAAGACAAAAAGACAAAACACAAAAAAAAAACCCAAUCUAUUUUAUCUCCUUGUUGUUGCGUAAAUCUGCUCAUGUUGGUAUAUUGUAAGCUAUACUGGUGUGUAUCACUGGUGAAUUGUACAGAACUCGUACUAGUAAACACUGGUUUUUAUUUUGUCUUCUGGGCUAAAUCAGCCAUCUUGUGAAAUAGGAGGAAAAAAACAAUGAAAUAAAAUAAUGAUGAAAUGGAAA